GCAUGUUGAGGCUUCAUGCUCUUGAAAACACAGCUGACGCCCUCUCCACUCGGAGCAUCCAAAGCCACACUGAGAGAGACGAAUUAAAAAAAUACGUUUACCAAGACUGUAAAUUUUUUCUCAUUUCCGUGUGCCCAGCCUGUAAAAAUUUUACCCGUUGUCAACUUUGAACGAUCUUCAAGGUUUUAAAAGGUUUGAUUUGAGCCAAGCCACCUCCUUUUUUUCUUCUUUUUCUCUAUAAGUUUCUCAUUCGAUCACGUUCAUCAACCUUGUUUCCUCCUCUGUGCAAUCCUUCUUGCUCUGCCUUUCUAAUUCAAUCUUUCACCUUCAGAGCUUAAAUGGCUAAGAAUCCCACUUCAGCAGGAUCUGGGAACAGAAAUUCACUUGUCGUUUGCUUUGGGGAGAUGUUAAUUGACUUUGUCCCAACAGUUGGAGGGGUUUCACUUGCUGAAGCACCAGCUUUCAAGAAGGCUCCUGGUGGUGCUCCCGCUAAUGUGGCUGUUGGGAUAUCAAGGCUCGGAGGUUCAUCUGCCUUUGUUGGCAAGGUAGGUGAUGAUGAAUUUGGUUACAUGUUGGCUGACAUUUUGAAGCAAAACAAUGUUGAUACCUCUAGUGUGCGAUAUGAUUCCUCUGCAAGGACUGCUUUGGCAUUUGUUACACUCAGAGCUGAUGGUGAACGUGAAUUUCUGUUUUUUCGUCAUCCAAGUGCUGAUAUGCUUCUUCAUGAAUCAGAACUUGAUAAAAAACUGAUUAAGCAGGCCAGAAUCUUCCACUAUGGUUCUAUUAGUUUGAUUGCAGAACCUUGCAAAUCAACUCAUCUUGCUGCCAUGAAAAUAGCCAAAGAGUCUGGUAGCAUCCUCUCUUAUGAUCCAAAUUUGAGAUUGCCGCUAUGGCCAUCAGAAGAUGCUGCUCGGGAGGGCAUAAUGAGCAUAUGGGGUCAAGCAGAUAUUAUUAAGAUAAGUGAGGAUGAAAUCACAUUCUUAACUGGAGGUGAUGAUCAUAAUGACGAUAAUGUAGUGUUAGGGAAGCUGUUUCAUCCUAAUCUCAAGCUUUUGGUUGUAACUGAAGGGUCUAAAGGUUGUAGAUAUUAUACCAAGGAAUUCAGAGGUUUUGUUCCUGGUGUUAAAGCUAUAUCUGUGGACACCACUGGUGCUGGUGAUGCAUUUGUCAGUGGGAUACUUAGCUGCCUGGCUUCUGAUCUAAGCCUGUUCAAGGACGAGAAGCGGCUUAGAGAAGCUCUACUUUUUGCAAAUGCCUGUGGUGCCCUCACAGUAACAGAGAGGGGUGCAAUUCCUGCACUGCCUACAAAAGAAGCUGUCCUGAAACUCUUAGAACCAGUUGCUGCAUCAUAAAGAAGUUGUUUGAACUUUGUUGUCAAUCUGCUGUAAUUUGAGUUCCUUUUGCUGAAGUAACAAGGAGCUGUAUGCUUUUUCUUUCUUUUCCCUUCCCGUAAGAAAGUUAAAUAUUUGCACUGAAGUGCUGUAGAUGCAAGCUUUAUUAUCAAUAAUGGCACUGACAUUGUUUUGUUUC